UAAUGACAACAGUCAUAAACCUUCAUAAAGACUCCAUGUUCAUGACAGGUGUCAUGUCAGUCUUAUGAACCCACCUACAAAUAAAGUGUUACCAAAGUUAUGACAUUUCAUCCUGAGGAGAAGAUGAAUGUUGAAUUUAAACAUGAUUUGAAUGACCAUCCAUCCAAUUAUUGUUAAGACAUUUCAGUCUUGUCACUGCCACCCAUACAGUAAAGCCAUUGCUGCUAGCAUGGCUAAAAAGCUUUAGCAUGUGUUGUGUGUGUUUGCUCACAUGUCCGCAGUAUGUUUAUUAUGCCACGGGAGGCCCUGUGUGUUUGUGUGUGCAUCCACGUGCAGUGGCAGACGUCUGUGUGACUCAGACUAAUCCUAUUAGAUCUCUCUCUCUCCCCACCUCUAUAUUUACCUCACCCCUCUCUGAGAUUAAGCCAGGUAUUUUCUGAAAGUGCCUCUGCAGAUCAAUAGUCACUUUUCUACAGUAGGACCUGCUGGGGUUUACUAGAACCAGGCUGGAUUCAAACUAUCGACUUUCUCAGUUCAUUUCCUUCGACGCUCUGCAUCCUGGCUGUCAAAUCACCUUGAUAACAGGAUGCAAAAGAAUCAUUAUAAUGCUCUGAGGGGUAAAUGAGUGACAUCAGUAGUUAGUAAGACUACAACUAGCACUGUUUGGCUGUGAAGGACAGGUUGAAGCAGGUUAGGAGGCUUCACUUGAGGCUAAUGUAAAACAUGUCUGUCUGUCUUUGUUUCCUUUCUGUCUUUCUUUCCACCAUUUAACCUGCAUAUCAGUCGUCUUCUAUGCAAUCCAAUUUGUCCCGUUUCUUCAUCCUCCCUUCCUUCCCUCCCUUCUCCUCUUUAAGUAAUGAGAUUGCUACUGUUGAGCUGGAGUUUUAGGGCUCACAGUGAACACACACACAGACACACACACACACACAGGAGCAACCUCUGCCUCUGACUUACAGCACUGCCACACCUCCAGCUAUCUGUAAUCUCCCUCAGUAGACCACAGAGUACAGGGUAAAGAAAUUACAGAGAGAGGGGUGAAGAGGCAGUGAAAGGUGCCACUAAAAUAAGAAACUUCACAGGAUUUAAAGGCAGAAAGAAAGCAAAUCAAAGAAAGAAUACAAUGGCUUGAAAGAGAAGAGAAACUGGAUAUAUUUAUUUCCUUGUAGGAGUUGAGGAGUUUCAAGGUGAGGUAAAUUACUUGUGGUAUAUACAGCUGCCACAGUAUGUACAAAGAUUGAUGGUCUAUUAAAUUGGCUAUGAACAAAACAAGGCAGUGUUGCUAGUAUAUAUCAAGAGCAAUCGAUCAGCUUCAAAAAGUGAACCUGGAUGAUUUUGAAAUACCUUUUCCAAAUGUAGGAUUUAAGCUUUGACCUUUCUGAGUCUUCCAGUAAAUCCUCUUUUUAUCCCAGGUAAGGUGCAAUGCUGCUCAAUUUCAAACAUAUUUCUUCUCCAUCAGCCUUGGAAGUUUCAGUCCAGAGUUGUAGUCUCAAAUGGAUCUGGCACAGCUCGAAGCCAGAGAGCCAAAUCUAAUUUGUGAGGUUAUCGCUGUCAAUUUGCAGCCUGCAGCGACUGCUGUGACAGUGAAAUACAGGCUGGCUGAGACAGAUAAAGUACAUUUCUGAGCUGUUAGGCCUGAACUUUAUUUCUAUAUCUGAAAUUUAUUUCUUAUGUGCUUUUUUGUUCUUAGCCAUAAGUCUGCUCUCUUGGAAAACACCACCCCAUAAAUGGCUGAUUCAUCCUGGCCAGCUGAUCGUGGCUGAGCUGUGUUGUAUUUAGAUUAUGAUUAUUUUUGUCCACUAUUGUAGCUUAUAGACUGGAUGUCUAAAACACAAACAUGAACAUCAGCCAGUCAAUGAGCAGCGUCACUUAAAGGGAACAUCCACCCAAAAUGUUGUUCGUUUUUUAAAAUGUAGAGUUGGUUACAUUUGAUUUUCUCACUUGGUUCAGUGUUUCUCUUAUUGCUACAGAUAACUCAACCAAUCAAACUAUUCACUUUAUUUCACCAGGGUCUGUGACUAGAACUGACUACGGGAGUCCUGGGUACAUUUAUGAAAAACAAACAAUAAGACAUUCCAUAAACUGUCACCAUAACUGGCAACAUCCAGACCAUUUUAGAAAAUGUGCAGAUCUGCAUCUGCAGUGGAGUUGAAACAGUGUUUCCCUCCAUUUAAAGACAAUGAUCAACAGCGAAUUGUGAUAUCGGUCACUCAUCAAUUUCUAGACUCACCAUUUUGCACCGAUGUGUGUGUAGAUAGAUAUGGCAGACACACGUAUAUUCAUUUAUAGAGUGAAGGUUCUUCAUUCAUGUAUUUUUGUGGUAUUUUCAUGAAUAUAAAUCACUAGUUGCUCAUAGCGAUUCAGAUCAUUUAUGAAAGCUACUUGUGUUGUAAAUACCCAUGAAGAGCUUCCUUUCGAAAAUGAUGUGUUUCAUGUAAACAAAAGUGCUUAUGUUUAUGAUAAAUAUGGAAGAAAUAUAAGCUAUAUAUAUAUAUAUAUAUAUAUAUAUAUAUAUAUAUAUAUAUACAGUAAGUGUCACAGUAUGCUGGGCCAGAACUUAGUGGUACAAAUGCUCUGAAUGAUGGACUCCUACAUGAGAAUCUGCCAAAUUUGUUGUUGCUGUCACUAUCAAAUCUUUUCCAACCACACUCAAAGUGUUGAUGAAGCAGAGUUCUUAUAUCGCAAAACUCUUAAUAAGUAAUAGCAUAAGAUGUUUUUCUGAACUUUAACUCUGAGUCUUGCAUAUUUAGUCAUGAAUAUUUAAUUCUAGACAAAAAAUACCUAAGACUUGAAACCAAGCUUUUAUGGACUAAUAGAUCAUAAUGUACUGCAGCCACAAUGUGCAUGUUCACAACUUGGGGGGAAAAAAAAACAUUCUCUUCUGCUACAGUGCUAUUGCUACUUCUCUUCCCAAAUACAUACAGUAUGUAGAUCACAGCUGUAUGCAACAACUUCACACUCAUUCUCUCUGGGAUGUUGAAAGUCAUUCUGAGAAAAAUAGGACAUCACUAGUUACUGUAAAGUAAAAUUCCUGAGGCUUCACUGAAAAUCUCAGAUGAUCUCUUAUAUCUCUGAUAUCCAGAAGUGUGAGAGUAGCUUUUUCCUUUGGGCAUAGACAGCACGGAUGCAGGCAAUGAACUGCACUGGCAAUGAUAAAGAUCACACAUGUAUAUUGUGGCACAUAUGUAUGCAAAUCUGUAUUUCACCAUCCCUUCUCCACAGACGGCUUUUACUCUUUCCCUUUCCCAUUCCUUUCUUUCAUCAUGGUGGACCUGUUCCUGAACCGAGUUCUGGUAGAGAACAACUGGGACCAGGAUGAACUCAACACGGAGCGUGAGAUUGUCGGGAUCCUCGAAAACCGCAUCCUGAUGCUGUUCUUUGCAUCUGCUGAGUGUGGCAAGUGCCAGGAGUUCGCGCCUGUUCUGAAUGACUUUUUUAAGAGACUGAAAGAUCCAGCAUACAUCGAAUACCCCAAACUGCUGGCACUCAUCUACAUCAGCUUGGACCAAUCAGAGAAGCAGCAGGAAAGAUUCCUCAAAGAGCUGCACAAAAAGAUUCUGUUUUUGGCCUUUGAGGACCCAUACAGGAGUGAACUGCAGGCCAUGUUCAAGGUGAGGGACGUACCAACAGUAGUGGUUCUUCGUCCUGACGGCUCCAUCCUCUCUCCAAAUGCUGUGCAGGACAUCCGUCGUUUUGGUUCAGACUGUUUCCGAGAUUGGCAGGAGUCAGCAGAGCUCGUUGAGAGGAGCUUCAUGCUCAAUGAGGAGUUCGACAACCUAAAUCUGCGUAGUGCCUCUGACCCCGUGAGGAGACUCAAGUACAAGACAGAGGACGACAAGAGGAAAAAGAGAUGGUGGAAGUUAUGGGGGAAGGGCAAAGAUGGAAAUGAAGCGGAGGAAGAGAAAGAUGGAACGUGGGAUACAAAGAGAAAGGAGGGAGAUAAAGGACCACGGAGGAGAAGAUGAAGAGAAAGAAUCAAAGAAAAAAAAAACAAAUAUAUAUAAAAGGCAAAGCCUUUUGUGUUGAUUAUCUUACAGCACCUCUUCAAGUCCAGCCUCAUAAAUGUUUAAUUCUUUGUUACUGAUACUGCAUCCUCAUCCAUCCUUACAUGCUCUUUAAGAAACACUCACCCUGCCUGUAAUGGCAUGUAUGGUAGAAUAAUUUAAAAAAAAAAACACCCUGAAAGCUCCCUUGUUGUGUUGCCAGAGGUAAAGUGUAUUGGCAUGUAGAAACGUAACAUAACUGUGCCUCCCCUUUGAAAGGAUUGAAAUAAGAUUGUGUUGCACUAUCUUAAGAAAUGUGCUACUAUUACUGUUACUACUGCUACCUAUUGUAUAUUUUAAUGGAGCCUGUAUUCUUGUUCUAAUUAUUAUUAUUUCUAAAUUACCCAGUCCAGUCUUAUUGUCAACUGACUGAAGUUAACAAAGUAUGAGAAGUUGAGUUUUCAGUGAUCAGAGCAAAUGCCACUAUUUUCAAACACAGAAACAUUUACAUCUGCAGUACAUGUCUCAACUCAGCUCAACUUGAGCUCAAGCUAGUGAGCCGCACAUUUUUCUCAGGAGUUGGUGGAGACCAAAGCAGAGCUAAAAGGAGCGUGAAUAUGAGACUUACAUUCGUCCGGUGGCCUGAAACAAAACUUCAAAUGAAUGAUAAUGUUGCUCUGUGUCUGCUGGAUGUGUAAAAAAACUAAUGUUUAACCAAAUGUUUCCAAACAUAUGGUCAUAAUGUGUUAUGGCUGUGUUUUUUUUUUUUAGGCUUUUGUGGAGUUUUUAUGCCCCAAAGUGGCCAAAAGAAAAUGUAGAUUAAAAUAAAAUUUUGGUGCUGGUGCCUGCUGAUGUUUUAGAAUUUAAAUAAAUAUUUUGUCAAGCACUGUGUAUAUGUUAUUUAUUUUUAGCAUUAUUUUGCUGUUCUGUGUUAAUUAUGGUGCGUCUCUUGAGAUCACUUUUAUUUUGUUAUUAAAUAGUUAAACACAAGUUGCAGUGAUCUCCAAAAACAAUAAAAUCCUCUAUUCUGCCAACAUAAACUGUGUCUGUCACUGCUGUGGCUUCUUGGGCCAUAUUGUGCUGUUCCCAGUAGAGUGAAUCAGACUAUCACUGACCAGAUAUUCCCUGUGGUUCUGCUCCUCCAUUAGUUACUGAAUAAUAAAGGUUUCACUGUGGCUCACUUCA